CCUCGCACUUCCGUGUGCCGCGGCGCCAGAACAGGAGGCGGCGGCCGCGGGGAUCCCGCGAGCGGCCCCUGAACAUCUACGCUUCUUGCCGGGACCCGGGAGGUCCCCACUGGCCUCCGGGCCCGUCCUGAUCAGACUCGUGUCGACCUCCCCGUCCACGCGCAUCCGGGAGAGCCGCGCCACGAGACGGACCCCGGCCCGCCGGGACCCCUGGUGUCUGGCCCUGCGUCGAGAGGCUCCAUCAUGGCACCGUUCCUGCGCAUCUCCUUCAAUUCCUAUGAGCUGGGCUCCCUGCAGGCGGAGGACGAUGCAAGCCAGCCUUUCUGUGCUGUGAAGAUGAAGGAGGCACUCACCACAGACCGAGGGAAGACACUGGUACAGAAGAAGCCCACCAUGUACCCUGAGUGGAAGUCAACAUUCGACGCCCACAUCUAUGAAGGCCGUGUCAUCCAGAUUGUGCUGAUGCGGGCAGCUGAAGACCCCAUGUCAGAGGUGACCGUGGGCGUGUCAGUGCUGGCUGAGCGCUGCAAGAAGAACAACGGCAAGGCUGAGUUCUGGCUGGACCUGCAGCCUCAGGCCAAGGUGCUGAUGUGUGUGCAGUAUUUCCUGGAGGAUGGGGAUUGCAAACAGUCCAUGCGUAGUGAGGAGGAGGCCAUGUUCCCAACCAUGAACCGCCGUGGCGCCAUUAAACAGGCCAAGAUUCACUACAUCAAGAACCACGAGUUCAUCGCCACCUUCUUUGGGCAGCCCACCUUCUGUUCUGUGUGCAAAGAGUUUGUCUGGGGCCUCAACAAGCAAGGCUACAAAUGCAGGCAAUGCAACGCUGCCAUCCAUAAGAAAUGCAUCGACAAGAUUAUCGGCCGCUGCACUGGCACUGCUACCAAUAGCCGGGACACCAUCUUCCAGAAAGAACGCUUCAACAUUGACAUGCCUCACCGAUUCAAGGUUUAUAACUACAUGAGCCCCACCUUCUGUGACCACUGUGGCAGUUUGCUCUGGGGACUGGUGAAACAGGGAUUAAAGUGUGAAGACUGUGGCAUGAAUGUGCACCACAAAUGCCGGGAGAAGGUGGCCAACCUGUGUGGUAUCAACCAAAAGCUCUUGGCUGAGGCCUUGAACCAAGUGACCCAGAAAGUUUCCCGGAAGCCAGAGACACCAGAGACUGUCGGAAUAUACCAGGGAUUCGAGAAGAAGACAGCCGUCUCUGGGAAUGACAUCCCAGACAAAAAUGGGACCUAUGGCAAGAUCUGGGAGGGGAGCAACCGGUGCCGCCUUGAGAACUUCACCUUCCAGAAAGUACUUGGCAAAGGCAGCUUUGGCAAGGUACUGCUUGCAGAACUGAAGGGCAAGGACAGGUACUUUGCAAUCAAGUACCUGAAGAAGGACGUGGUGUUGAUCGACGAUGACGUGGAGUGCACCAUGGUGGAGAAGCGGGUGCUGGCGCUCGCCUGGGAGAAUCCCUUCCUCACCCAUCUCAUCUGUACCUUCCAGACCAAGGACCACCUCUUCUUUGUGAUGGAGUUCCUCAAUGGGGGCGAUCUGAUGUUCCACAUUCAGGACAAAGGCCGCUUCGAACUCUACAGGGCUACGUUUUAUGCAGCUGAGAUCAUCUGCGGACUGCAGUUUCUACAUAGCAAAGGCAUCAUUUACAGGGACCUCAAGCUAGACAAUGUAAUGCUGGACAAGGAUGGCCACAUCAAGAUUGCUGACUUCGGGAUGUGCAAAGAGAAUAUAUUUGGGGAGAACCGGGCCAGCACAUUCUGCGGCACUCCUGACUACAUCGCCCCUGAGAUCCUGCAGGGCCUGAAGUACUCAUUUUCCGUGGAUUGGUGGUCUUUUGGGGUCCUCCUCUAUGAGAUGCUCAUUGGCCAGUCCCCCUUCCAUGGUGACGAUGAGGACGAGCUCUUUGAGUCCAUCCGGGUGGACACACCACACUACCCGCGCUGGAUCACCAAGGAGUCCAAGGACAUCAUGGAGAAGCUCUUCGAGAGGGACCCUGCCAAGAGGCUGGGAGUAACAGGAAACAUCAGGCUUCACCCCUUUUUCAAGACUAUCAACUGGAACCUGCUGGAGAAGCGGAAGGUGGAGCCGCCCUUUAAGCCCAAAGUGAAAUCCCCUUCAGACUACAGCAACUUUGACCCAGAGUUCCUGAAUGAGAAACCCCAACUUUCCUUCAGUGACAAGAACCUCAUCGACUCUAUGGACCAGACAGCCUUCAAGGGCUUCUCCUUUGUGAACCCCAAAUAUGAGCAAUUCCUGGAAUAGUGAGCUCCCAGACCUGCUUUUAAUGCCCUGGCAGAGUAGGCCCAUCUGCCCUGGUUUGCAUCCGCACUGCCCGUGAAGAAGAGUGGGUGACUGGUGAUUCCUGCUGCUGCCCCCUCUUCCUCGGAGGGUCCGGCUCCUGUUGGCUGGGCUCACAGUACUUCCUCUGUGAACUGUUUGUGAAUUUGCCUUCCUUUUGCCAUCGGAGGGAAACUGUAAAUCCUGUGUGUCAUUACUUGAAUGUAGUUAUUGAAAUAUAUAUUAUAUAUAUGCACAUAUAUAUAAUAGGCUGUAUAUAUUGCUCAGUAUAGAAAGCAUGUAGGAGACUGGUGAUGUGUUGACCUUUUUUUAAAAAAAAACCAUAUGUAUACGUGUGUAUGUAUACAUCUACACACGUAUACAUAUAUGUAUGUAUGUAUGUAUGUAUGUAUGUAUAUAUGACCAAAAGAAAAAGAGAGCACAAGCUACCUGAACCACAGGAUUGUUUAUGUGUGUAUAAAUAAACACUGAAUGGUACCAACCUGA